GGUAUCACUACAGUUCUGACAAUGACAACUCUGAGUACAAUUGCCAGGAAGUCUCUACCUAAGGUUUCCUAUGUGACUGCGAUGGAUCUCUUUGUUUCUGUUUGUUUCAUUUUUGUUUUUGCAGCCUUGAUGGAAUAUGGAACCUUGCAUUAUUUUACCAGCAACAAAAAGGGAAAAACCACUACCAGAGACAAAAAGCUAAAAAAUAAGACCUCGAUGUCUUCUGGUCUCCAUCCUGGAUCCACUCUGAUUCCCAUGAAUACCAUUUCUGUGCCGCAUGGAGAGGAUGAUUACGGGUAUCAAUGCUUGGAGGGUAAAGAUUGUGCCAGUUUCUUCUGUUGCUUUGAAGACUGCAGAACAGGAUCUUGGAGGGAAGGAAGGAUACACAUACGCAUUGCCAAAAUUGACUCUUACUCUAGAAUAUUUUUCCCAACAGCUUUUGCCCUGUUCAAUCUGGUUUAUUGGGUUGGUUAUCUGUAUUUAUAAAUUCCAUUUCCUAGGCAAAAAUUGUAAGUCUGGCUAAAUUCAAUAUAAUCUUUUGUACUUCAGUAACAUGAAGUUUAAUUUUUAAAUGCAGAGAAAUCAAUGGUUAAAAAUGUGAAUAGUACUGCAACUAUUUUAAGGUCUUCAUCAGUAAAUAAAGUAGCAGCUUUUAGGUUAAUUUAUAUGACACUGAUUAGUUGCAAAAACUGGUAUAUUAAAAAUAGUGUUAUAUAUUUUUACUUAAAAUAUUUUUAAUUUACUUAUAUCAUUAUGAUUUUAAAUU